AUGACAAAGGAGAAAUUGGGAGAGCCUGGCAUUGGAUUCAGAGGUCCAAUUGGUCAAUCAGGAUCUCCUGGAAAAAAGGGAGAACCAGGGAUAUCAGGCCCUCCAGGGGCUCAGGGUAUUCAAGGCAUCCCAGGUAAUACAGGUAUACCCGGAAUCCAAGGUGCAAGAGGUUCUCCAGGAGUGCCAGGACUCCCAGGAGUAAAGGGUGUUCGAGGUAGAAGAGGCAAGAAUGGUUCACCUGGACCACCUGGAAAUAUGGGGCCACCUGGCAGGCAGGGUCUUCCAGGGAAAGCUGGCAAUAAAGGUUCGAAGGGUGACAUUGGACUGGGGGCCCGAGGACCAAGAGGGAGCCUAGGCAUUCCUGGUCGUAGGGGAGUUAAUGGUGCUCCUGGAUCAAUUGGAGGCCCGGGUCUCACGGGUCUGAAAGGAUUACCCGGUCUGAAAGGAGAAAAGGGAGAUAAUGGGUUACCAGGAAUUAAAGGUGAUAAGGGUGACCCACAAGUCAUUUCUGGACCCCAAGGAUACAAGGGCGACAAGGGGGAACCAGGUGAUAGAGGUCCACCAGGGUUUGAUGGUGAUAAAGGAGAGAAAGGUGAAGAUGGACCUCCAGGACUUAAGGGUCACAAAGGAGAAUCAGGUUCCAAAGGAUCAAUGGGGUUAUUUGGGGCCAGAGGUCCUGCAGGACAGAAGGGUGAACCUGGUGAACAUGGCAGCAAUGGAAUUGCAGGCAGGGCUGGUCUUGAUGGUAAAAGUGGAGGUAAAGGAAUGAAAGGAGACAGAGGCUUGCAAGGACGGAAAGGUGAACUGGGGCAUAAAGGUGACCAAGGCUUAAAAGGAGACAAAGGGCCUAAAGGUGAGAAGGGAUCACGAGGUCUUCCAGGACAAAGAGGACAGCCAGGGAUUGGAGCUGAAAGGGGUGACAAGGGUGAACCAGGGUUGCCAGGAAAAUUGGGAUUAAACGGUCUUCUGGGACUAAAGGGAGCACGUGGACUUCCAGGCGUUCCAGGUUCCAAAGGCAUUCCAGGAGAAAAAGGGCAAAAGGGUUAUAAGGGUGUACCUGGACUCACUGGCCUGAAAGGGUCUACUGGAUUACCUGGAAAGCCUGGAUCCCUUGGACCACCAGGGCCUCAAGGACCUAAAGGUGAAGCUGCAGCAAAGGGUGAAACAGGGAAGAGGGGAAGAACACGUCGUGGAAUGAGAGGAUCCCCAGGAAUUUCUGGAGCCAAAGGAGAUAAGGGAGAAGUUGGGCCAGCUGGUCUGAAGGGUGAGAAAGGAGAUCCUGGACUUUCAGAAGAAGAAGUGAAAGAUGUUGUCAGAAAAGAAAUGAAUGAUAAAUGUGCUUGUGCAGAUGAAAGUGCUGCCCUGAAGUUGGCUAGUUCAUUUGGCUGGAAGGCUAGUUUGUGAUGCCAGGAGCACAGGUUCAAUUCCUACACUAACUGAGAUUCAGAGGAAAGGACGU